AUGAAAGACACUCCACUGAAAAAAGUUCUUCAAAUAUGCAAUCAAACUGUAAAGUUUUCAUUAACACCAAAUAGAUUGGCAACAAUCGAGACACCACCACCAAAACUUGCUCCUCGUGCACCCGUAACUAGAGAUUGGGAUAUACAAAAAUCACAUUCUAAAACUCCCAAAGAUAAUAAUGAGUUUGAUGUCAUAAAUGGAAAACGUUCACAAAAAGAAGAAAGUUUAUAUGAUUUCUUGAAAAAUACUAGCCCAGAAGAUGUUUUUGGCGAUCCACAUUCACGUAAAAUCAAAAACAAAGGGUCAAAAAAUGAUAUCUUAUCAAAAAGAUACGGUAAACCUUUGGAUAAAUUGGAUCCACUUUCUGAAAAACCUACAAGCCCUACUUCGCUUGGUAAUAAUCCUCGUUAUAUUCCUUUAAUUCCUUCGGAAAAAUCAUCACCUGGUUCACCUUUUUCACCAUUGUCACCAAUAUCACCAAUAUCAACUGCUAAUUCAUUAAAUACAAAACAUUCAUCGUCAUCAUUACAUCGUAUUAAAUCUUUGGAACGGAUGAUUUCUAUUAAAAACGAUAAUGAGAAUAUUAAUAAAAACAGAAAUACUCAUGCUUUAAAUAAAUUCCAAAAUGACUCAAGUAAAAGAAGAAAACACCAGGCUCAAGAUUUAAUAGACUUUUUGAACACAACACCGCCAAGUGAAAAAACUACUUUUCCUGACUCUCUUAAAGAUCAUCCAGAUUCAAAUAAUACAAGUGGCAAAAAAACCAAGUUAAGAAGAUUGUUUUCAAAAUUGCGAAAUAAGCCAUCAUCUGGACAUUCAAAUUCACAUCACAUUACAUCAAAUUCAAAUAAUCCGGCGUUUGUAAGCGCUUCCGCUUUGGUCAAUAGACAAAGAGCUAAAUAUAUUAAAAUAGAAAUUCCACCUCUUCCUGUUAAAGAUACUAGCGGACAAACCAGCUUUGAUCAGCUUGGUGUUCAAAGUAAAUAUGUACCUAAAGCGAUAUCAACAAGUAGUUUACCAUACGAUCCAAAUAAUCCAAACAAUACAAACACUGAAUUUACUCGAGCUAGUGAACGUGAUGCUAGCAUAUCGGACAUCAGACGAAAAUUUCUUGUGGCUUGUGGAAAUUGA